AUGUGCGCCAAACGGAAUUGCUCUUCGCACGCGACAUCUGGUCCUCCCUGUGCCACCCUCAUGAACAAAAGAGUAAAAAUCCUUCCACGAGUUAUGUUGCCAACAGCUGGUGUUCCUGCUGCAGCCGUAGCCCUUGCUUCGCUUUUAUCUUUCCAGCUUCUCGGAGGUCCUGCAAUACUAGCAGUCCAGAACCAGAACUUGCAUCAUCAAACGGCACCACGUCCAUCGCUUGCUAGUGAUCAAGACGACCUGGACCUGCUAGCGAGCGAACGCAGCGCCUUCAUCGAGGAAAAUAACCGGCAACUACAAGGGCGAACCCAAACAAGACGAGAAGCGGAACUACAACUAGCCGCAGGCGCAGCUUCAUCAGACAAAAACCCUUCGUCUACUUCCGCCCCGAUCGUCCAGCUGUCUUCUUUCGCGGAAAAAGACGCGGCGAAGCAGAUCCAGGACCUGAAGCUCAGCGACCAGAAAACGUCCAACUUCGCGCAGCUCGCCUCCCCCUGGGCACUGUGUCGAAAGCGAAACCCGGCGCGGUGCGAGAGCGAAACGGAGGCGGAAUCGCCCGGGUUGCAGUGCGACAAGGUGGACUUCUCCAGCUCUCCGCACGCGGCGUUGCUCGGACAGGAGUCGGCGAAGUGCACCCACCACAUCACCCAGCCGAUCUUCUGUUUUGAGAAAGAAGACGGCAACUGCAUCCCGUUGAGUUACUGUGAGAAGGCGCAACCGGGAAGCGGUGCCGUGGAGCCUUGGCACAUCUUGUACGGCAGCGCGCUGUUCGAGAAGUUCGACACGAGUGAAAACGAAAAGGAUGAAAAUCCAACAAAAAUAACGGAAACCAAACCGCUGAAGUGCCAGAUGAAGUCCUGCGAGAAGAUAACCUUCGCUUCUUCCAGCGGCGACGCGAAGGAGGUUCUCGCCCACAAGGUCCGGGUUUGCUCCAACGCGUUUGCAACCACGAAUAGCGGAUCACUGCAGAAAAUCCGGUACCCCUUGGUUUGCGAGUACAGCCAACGGGCCGACGCCUGUAAGAUUCGGAACCGGAAGGAAAAACCCUAUCCCGAGGCGGUCGGAGCAGACUUACAAGGCGGGGAGGACGACAAGCAGAAUGUGAACCCGGACGAGAAGAUUGAGAAGGUGUUCGGGGAAAUUCAGAAACUGUCCCAGUGGGUGCAGGGCAACGUGCAGGAGGCCUUUAAGGAAUUGGAGCAGGCGAAAAAGCAAGUUUCCGAGAAACUGAGGGACCUGGAGAAAGCGGCAGAAAACAGACGGGUCGCGAAGCAGAAACUGGUCGACUACCUAGCCUACAGAAGGUUUCAAGUGCAAACGCGCACACCGGCCCUGGCGGAGGUGUUGCAGCGGUUGAGUAGAUCGCAGAGCGACAGGUUGAUGGCCAGUGGCGUGGCGGGGGCAGACGUGAAAAAGGAGCGAUAGCUCCUGUAAAGUUCUCUAUUCUCCGUGGUGUGGCAUUUCGUGGUCCUGUUGUAGUAGACUAGAAAUAAGUUGAUGAAGACGACGUGCUGUGUAGUGUGUCCUCUGGCAGCUACAGCACGAUGACGAUGUGAGCCAAGCUGCCGCGUUGAAUGAUUUCCUUUGCGAAUCAUGAUCAUGAAAGAUGAUUCAUGCGCGAAACUUUUGCGCAGGCGCCCGCAC